UCUUUCAGCCGUAAAUUAAGGGCCACAAACAUGAAAAAGGCCAAACGAUGGCUUCUACCGAUAGCAGCUUUGUUGGCGGUGUUAGUCACAGAAACCGACGCAGUGGCACCGUUUAAAAAGGUUUCCAUUGGUACAACAACAACAACGACAUCGACUACGACUACAACCACAACAGAAGCGCCAGCAAUUGAAAGUGAUGAUGGAAAGGCCAACAAUUCAUCAACACCAACCAAGAAUUCAAAACUGACGGGAAUACCACAAAUUGAUUACAUAUGGGAUCCAAAUUUACCACGUGAAUUAAGAGGGUAA